UUUUUUUGUUGCUGUCCCGAGUACAGUAACUAAAGGAAUUGGCAAUCAAAUUCCCAGAACUUUCUCUCGCGGAGCGAGAACUACAGACGCAAUGGCUCCAAACCGAGGAUCUUCGUCCAAGGGCUCUGCUGGAAAGCCUUCGGGUGGUUCAAAGGGCAAGCCGUCAACUCUAUCCUCCGCCUCGCGGGUCAGCAAGUCCAGCGCAAAAGUCAAGCGACCGCCGCCAAAGGAAGUGAAAUCCAAGGCGCGCACGGCGCCCGAGAACCUGAAGAAAAAGAAGAAGAGGGAGUAUACUGAGAAGGAGCUUGAUCUGCCUGCGCUCAACACGAUUACCCCCGUUGGUGUGGUGAAGCCCAAGGGAAAGAAGAAGGGCAAGACGUUUGUGGAUGAUCAGGAGAGCAUGAUGACAAUCCUUGCUAUGGUCAAUGCCGAAAAGGAGGGCCAGAUUGAGUCUAAGUUGAUGAAGGCGCGCCAGAUGGAAGAGAUCCGGGAAGCGAAGAGAAAGGAAGCCGAAGCAAGGCAUGAACAGAAGAAGUCAAAACUCGAAGAGACCAAGGACUCCCUACGCCGGAAGAAGCGCAAGAGCAACGGUGACAUGGGAUCCAACGAAUCGGAGAAAGCCGAGAGUAACGGUACAAAAUCGAAGGGAAAGCGGAAGAGUGUUUCCUUUGCUUAAAUAUUGCAUCAUACCUCCUACCGGUUCUAUAUUCUAUGUCUCUAUGUUGGGGUUUGGCGUCCGAUUGGCUUGUACAUUGUGCUUCAUUUCCUCCCAAAAGCGCCA